CGCAAGUACACGGCAAACAAGUUUCACCCAAAUUGCCAAACAUAAACCCUAAUUUAAACCCCACUGCUUAGUAAGCUCCCCACAAGAUGUCUUCAUUAUACAGAGCAUCAAAAACCCUAAGAUCACAGAGAGCUUUUCACAGUCCAUUUUCCAUCAAUCGAAAGCCGUAUCUGAAUCCAUUCCUGAGCUGGAGUCAAUGCGCAUUUUACGCGUCGCAUUUUAGGGAAGAUCCUAGCAUUGAUUUGAGCCAAUACCCAUCGGAUAAAAUUCGCAACUUUUCCAUAAUCGCGCACGUUGACCAUGGGAAAUCGACGCUCGCCGACCGGCUUUUGGAGCUCACAGGAACCAUUCGGAAAGGCCAUGGGCAGCCGCAGUAUUUAGACAAAUUGCAGGUGGAGAGAGAACGGGGAAUAACCGUCAAGGCCCAAACGGCCACCAUGUUCCACCGCCACAAUUUCCAUGGUACUGACACGAAUUUCCUAUUGAACCUUAUCGACACUCCCGGACACGUAGAUUUCAGCUACGAAGUCUCGAGAUCCCUCGCCGCAUGCCAAGGUGUCCUCCUCGUAGUCGAUGCUGCCCAAGGCGUGCAAGCACAAACCGUCGCGAAUUUCUACCUCGCCUUCGAAGCAAACCUAACCGUGAUCCCCGUCAUAAACAAAAUAGACCAGCCCACAGCCGAUCCAGAGCGCGUGAAAGAGCAGCUAAAGUCCAUUUUCGACCUCGACCCGAACGAGGCCCUUUUGACUUCGGCUAAAACGGGCCGGGGGCUCGAGCAUGUCCUGCCAGCUGUCAUAGAGCGAAUACCUUCUCCUCCCGGAAAAAGCGAUUCGCCUUUACGCAUGCUUUUGCUCGACUCGUAUUAUGACGAGUACAAAGGUGUGAUCUGCCACGUGGCGGUUGUUGAUGGGGCUUUAAGGAAAGGAGAGAAGAUAUCGUCGGCUGCGACUGGACAGUCGUACGAGGUUUUGGAUGUUGGGAUUAUGCACCCUGAGCUCACACAGACAGGUGUCCUUUUGACGGGUCAGGUCGGGUAUGUCGUAACUGGCAUGCGGUCGACUAAAGAAGCGCGUGUUGGGGAUACUUUGUAUCAAACACGAAGUAGUGUGGAUCCCCUUCCAGGUUUCAAGCCGGUGAAGCAUAUGGUUUUUUCGGGGCUCUACCCAGCUGAUGGGUCUGACUUUGAAGCACUUAGUAAUGCCAUUGAGAAGCUCACUUGCAAUGAUGCGAGUGUAUCUGUUACGAAGGAGAGUAGCACGGCACUUGGGUUGGGCUUCAGAUGUGGGUUCUUGGGCUUACUGCAUAUGGAUGUUUUUCAUCAGCGGCUUGAACAGGAACAUGGAGCUCAUGUGAUUUCUACUGUUCCCACAGUCCCUUACAUCUUUGAAUAUGCAGAUGGGAGCAAAGUACAUGUUCAGAAUCCUGCCAUGCUGCCUUCAAAUCCUAAACAACGAGUAACUACAUGCUGGGAACCCACUGUAUUAGCAACUAUUAUAAUCCCUAGUGAGUACGUGGGCUCCAUCAUCACCCUUUGCUCCGAACGACGAGGGGAGCAGCUAGAGUACUCAUUCAUUGACAGUCAAAGAGUACUCAUGAAGUAUCGAUUACCAUUGAGGGAAAUUGUUGUGGACUUUUACAAUGAGUUGAAGAGUAUAACUUCUGGAUAUGCAUCAUUUGAUUACGAGGAGUCGGACUAUCAGGCCUCGGAUUUAGUCAAACUCGAUAUUUUAUUAAAUGGUCAACCUGUGGAUGCUAUGGCGACUAUAGUUCACAGAUUGAAAGCACAACGGGUGGGCCGUGAACUCGUGGAUAAGCUUAAAAAGUUCAUAGACAGGCAAAUGUUCGAGAUUACCAUACAAGCUGCCAUUGGGGCAAAGAUCAUUGCUAGGGAAACGUAA